AUGAAUAUUGCAUUUUUGGAAGUCUUACGGGACCGUCCAAUGUUUAAAUCAAUUUACAUAGAAAUUCAGAGGAAUCAUCAAUGCCAGAGCAAUUGUCCGGACUCAUCGUUACACGCCUUUAAGACAUCCCGGACUUAUCGGCUCUACAUCUUGGUCAACAGAAAACCGCGAAUUGUUAUUCGUUCCGUCCAGGACAGACCGGCAUGGAACUCAGUAAUUGACGGCUCUCGGCGUCUUACCGCUAAAGCAUUUUGCGCUAGACGGUAUUGCCGGAUUGUACAGUGUGCACUUGUAAGGUAA